ACAAUCAUGAUGUUGCUCUGAUCUAGCCAUCUCUGUGAUGUCAUGGUUUCAGAUGUUUACUACUCUACAGUGGAGAUGAGUGAGUGAGGAGCCAGCAGGGGGCGCUGACUUCCGCCCCACAGUGGCAGAGCGGCGUGAAAGAUGGAUUUCAUCUGGACACAUUUUGAUAAUAAAACACAUAUUUAAGUUAAUCUGCUUUGACCGUCCUUUUCUGGUGUGAGCCUAUGUGGGUGUGGUCAUUUACCGUAAGAAACCAAAGAAGAUUUUCUGAAUGUGUGAAUUGAGCAACUUCCUGUUGUGCCUCCGGUUCCUGACACAAAAGUGCCUGUAGCACCGCAUUUUGCUGACAUCCCACACCAAAGCUAGUGUCGUUCACACACCCAAGCCAGGAGGGCAUCUCCCCUGCCGCUGGCUCGCCUCACACGGCUGCUCACAGACGCACUGGGUGGGACUUGUCUUCACGCAAAAGCAGAACUUGCCUUUUCUGCUUAUGACUGGUUUCCCUGGUGCAGUAUUUUUUGUCAUUGAUUUCCUGCCUCUGUCUGAAGUCAUCGGAGUGGUCAGCUGUCAACAUGAAGGCGCUUGUUCUUCUGCUGCUCUGGACUCUCUCCUCAGCCGCCUUGAGCAACUAUUUUGACUUGCUUGAUGCUCUGGGCUCCAGUGGCGACUCCAUGAAUCCACGUGAAUUCUCAGUCUGUCUUCAACAUGAGCACAUGUGAGGAGGUCCACACCAUGAGAGGAGAUAACGCCCUCCUCAACUGCUCCUUCACCCACCCGAGAUUUGGCAGCUACUUGGGCCGCAUCACUGUCAAGUGGAUGGCUAGAGACCCCACAACUCAUCCGUUCUUCACCUGCUCCGUCAACAACUCCUCAGAUGCAGAUGUCAGCAAGUGUUCUUAUCCUGGAUAUAAGUACGCACUAGCAGGUGACCCUCGCCAGGGGGCUCUGUCGCUCCUCAUCAAAGACGUCACGCCGGUGGAUGAGGAGGUGUAUUUCUGCAGAGUAGAGUUUGAGGAUGAAGGUGGCACCAGCAGAGGGAUCAACCUCAGAAUAGGAGGUGAGACUCACUUCCUGAGUCUCCAGACACAAGUGACAGCCGGGUCCGUCACCGUGACGACAGCAUCUUCCCACUGGCAGUUGAUUGGCGUUUUAAUUCUUUCAGUGAAGCCUCAAAUCCUGAUUCUGAAGGAGUUGAAUGGAACCAGGAAUGGUCGGUCGCUGGAGUGUGUGGCGGAGGGAAAGCCACCUCCUCAUAUCUCCUGGUUCUCAAAGUCAAAAUGUCAGCUGGACGGUCUGAUUGACGCCAAAAGAUCUGGACCCGCCCGGGUGACCAGCUACGUCUGGUCCGACCAAGACGACCGGAUUACGUGCCGGGCUGAGAACCCUCUGGGCCGGGCCGAGCAGGCCUACCCACCAAGGAGCGCUCUGGUUCUGACCGUCAGAGUUGCCGUGUUCGGAGUGGUGCUGCUGGUGACAGUGGCACUUGUUGUCUGCAAACUACGGCCUGUCGGCUGCUCUGACUCCCAGCAUUCCAGGUGUCCGUCUGGAGAAGAUCCUCAAGCAAUUCCACUGGACUUCUCACCCAUCUACCAGAACCAGGCCGGUGAGUCCAACUCUUAUUUGCCUACCCUGCUCUUGCUCAGUUUUAGGAGAAAUGUUUGUCCCACACAGACACCACAUCCUCAAUCACACAUCAGAUUAAAAUCUCAAAUUUGUAUUUGGAAAGAAAACGUCCAUUUUUUCAUGCACUGCACUUGUUUUAUUGUUAACAAUAAUCAUACAUUACAGUUUGAGAGGCAAAACAGUUCUGACCUCAGAGUCUCAGUUGGUUUGUGUUUUGACGUUUGUUCAAAUGUGGUUUGGUGGCUCACUCCUGCAGUCCACCACCAGGCCCUUCAGUUUCCUGCGGGUGGCGCUGUGGGUCCUGGUCCAGUAAGUGAGACGUCAGAUCAUGGAGAGAGAGGCUUUUCACUUUCAUUGGAGACUGGUGUUUUGUACUUUUCAGGACUUCUGCACUGUGGACGUCCACCCGUGAGCAGGGUCACCUGGACCACCAGGGGGACGGAAGACUACAUGUUUAAUUGAGAGGAGAGAGAUGGACCCUAUACAUAAUAAUAUCAAAUGUCACCUGAUGCACCCUUCCUUCCUUCAAACCAUUCAUUAAUCCUUCCUUCAUACCGCAUACUUUCCUCCUCCCAACUUUCCCUCCCUCCAAUCUUCCUUCCUCCAUUCCUUCCUUCCCUACCUUCCUUUAUUUGCCUCAUUCCUGCCUACCUGCCCUCCUUCAUUUCUUUCAACCUUCCCUUACCUCUCAUCUCUUUCUCCUACCUUCCUUAGUACCUGCCUUUGUUGGGUUAAUCUUUCCUUCCACCCUCCUUCCUUUCUUUCCCCAACCUUCCUUCCUGGUGUCCAUCCUAAGGUAGGAAAAGUGAGUGGACUGUGGAUGGGAGAAACACCGCAGGCCUUUUUACAAUCUGUAAAUAUUUGACCAAUAAAACAUGUUUAGUUCAAGGAGGAAAAAGCGAAGUUAAUUGGCACAAACACUGGGGUGACAACAGCAUGAGUGUGAUUGUGCGUGUGUGUGUGUCUCUCUCUGUUGUGUGUGUCCAUAUAUCAUACAGGACAUGUCUUUUCAAAGGUGUGAAAUGUGCAACUUCCCGUCAUCUUCUGCUCCUCAACACUCUGCUGAAACCCCACUCAUCUGUGGUGUGUUGGACCAACGUCAGAGACAGAAGCAAAAGCAGUGAUGAAUUGGACAACAGUUGGAUAGAAGCCGGUUCAACAAGUCAUCAGGAGCAGAAGCUACACCUCUGAGUAAAAAAUUAAAAUGAUGAAAAUUAUGUUUUCCCUCCACUGGUCUGAUCAUCAGAGCUGGAGUGUUCGGAGUCGUGUUGCUGCUGACGAUGGGACUCAUCAUCUACAAACUUUGGCCCGUCUUCUGCUGUGUCCCGGGAGACCCCCAGCAUUCCAGGUGUCCGUCUGGAGAAGAUCCUCAAGACGACCAUGGGGUUCUUCAAUCUCCCGCUGGUGUCGCUGAGCAUCCUGGGAUUCAGCACCGUGAUCGUCCAUUUGUGAUCCCAGCCAGCCGGGGACACAGGGAGACGGAAAACAACAUGCUUCUCUGAGAGCUAUCUUUUGGGCAUAGUUGUGGCUACUUUGUGAUUACAAAAAUGAUCGUUAUGGUCAUAUUUGUCUUGUAUUUUUUCUAUUGGUAUUAUUAUGAUUAUCAUUAUUAUACUAUAUUUGUGUAUAUAUUAUUUUUUGUUUGUUUAAUGUCCCUAU